AGUGGACGCGUACGUAGCCCCAAAUGCCGUACUCGCCGGUCAGGUAACCGUCUGGGACGGCGCAUCUGUCUGGAAUGGUGCCGUUCUCCGCGGGGAUCUCAAUAAGAUCACCAUUGGCUUCUGCUCUAAUGUCCAGGAAAGAUGUGUCGUUCACGCCGCUUGGUCAUCACCCACGGGGCUUCCGGCAGACACAUCUAUCGAAAGGUAUGUGACAAUUGGUGCAUGCAGCCUCUUGAGAUCCUGCACGAUUGAGCCAGAGUGCAUCAUUGGCCAGCACUCCAUACUUAUGGAAGGUUCUUUGGUGGAGACCCAUUCAAUCCUUGAAGCAGGAUCUGUUGUUCCUCCGGGAAGAAGAAUCCCAACUGGUGAGCUUUGGGCCGGGAAUCCAGCAAGGUUCGUCCGCACUCUGACUCACGAGGAGACUUUAGAGAUUCCUAAGCUAGCCGUGGCGAUAAAUGAUCUAAGCAAGAACUAUUUCUCAGAGUUCCUACCCUACUCAACAGUGUAUUUGGAAGUUGAGAAGAUGAAGAAGUCAUUAGGAAUCUCAAUCUGACGUUUCUCGUCACUGGCUCAACUGCUCAAGUCCUGACGCUUUAGAUUUUUCUCUUGAUUCUCUUUUUUCUUUUUCUACAAAGAAAAAUAAUCAAACACGGGUUCCCUUUGGAAUUGUAUGCUUUAUGUUGUAUGUCUAUACUCUGUAUACAUAAUGUGUGCAUUGCCUCUUUAAAAAGGGCGGGAUCUCCUGCUAUCAUUCUGCGGAUUUUAGAACUUGACCUUCACCUUAGGAAGGGAAAAUGAAUUUGAUGUUGCUUGCAUGCAUAUGAUUUUUGGCUUAUCGCAUGUGACUAUGUGAGGGUAUCUUGUUUUUGUUUUAAACUUGAAUUUUGUUAUG